UUUACUUUCUUCAAUAAAUCUUAUUCCAAACUUAUGUCAUGGCGGGAGUUGCAUGGAAAAUCCAAGGGGAAGAAAAAAAAAAGUUUGAAAGCAUAUUUGACAGUCUUGGACCUGUUGGUGGAAAACUCGGUGGUGAUAAAGUAAAACCUGUUCUAGUAAAUUCCAAACUCCCAAAUGACAUUUUAGGACAAGUAUGGGAACUUUCAGAUAUCGAUAAAGAUGGGUGUUUGGACAGAGAUGAAUUUUGUGUUGCUAUGCAUUUAGUGUACAAAGCACUAGAACAUGAACCAGUACCUUCCAUUUUACCACAAGAAAUUGUACCACCAUCCAAAAGAAAGCCGCUAUUGGUAGGGGCAGUAGCUGUCUUGCCACCAUUAAUAUCUUCAGCAAAUGCUAAAACCGAAUUACCUAGUACGAACAUAGGAUUGCUACAACCCGCUGUCACAUCUACAAAUUCUAUCCUGAAUCCAGUGGGUGUUAGCACUCCAGUUUCAACGCCACAAUCCAAUUUGUAUAUUAAAGGUGUUGUUCCAGAUAUUGAAUACACAAGAUUUUUUGGAAUAUUUUCUCAAAAAGCAGGAGCUGAUUCUUAUAUUGCUGGAUCCGAAGCGAGGGACAUUUUUGUACAAAGUGGUCUCCCUCAUCAAGUACUCGCUCAAGUUUGGAACUUAUGCGAUCAGCAGCAGCUUGGUAAAUUAACGCAGGAUCAGUUUAUUCUGGCGAUGCAUUUUAUAAGUCAAAAAGUAAAAGGAAUAGAGGUGCCCACACAGCUACCUCCAGAAGUUUAUGCGUCAAAGACGAGAGAUUCUGGAUUUGGUGACUCUGGGAGUCUAUCUGAUGGUAGUAGUGGAGUUGGUGAUUUUUCCGCAUUGAGAGAAUUGGACACGCUAAAUCGUGAAAUUGAAGAAUUGAGACGUGAAAAGGAGACUUUAACUGGGGAGAUCCGAGAAAAAGAACUCGUGGUGCGACAACGAAGCAAUGAAGUCCAAGAUCUUCAAAAUACUCUCGACAGAGCGAGUACAUCUUUAUCUCAACUUGAGUCUGAUAAAGCGGAAGCUCAUACUCGGAUAGAUGAAUUGGAUCAACAGCAGCUCAAGCUUGAUGGGAUGUUGGCCGAUGUACGGGCAAAAGUUCAGGAAGAAACAAGAACGAUUUCUAGUCUUCAAAGUCAAAUUAAAGCUCAAGAAUUAGCGAACGCUCAACAAGAAGAAGAAUAUAAUAAAAUAAAAAGUCAACUAGAUAGUUUAAAAACAGAAGAAACUCAGCUUCAACAAACUUUGCAAAUAGGUCAACAACAGCUUCAUAAUAUCACGAAGCAAGUCGGUGAUGCCGAAAAUGAAAUUGUUAAAGUCAAAGAACAAAUCACUUCUCUCACAGAACAGCAGAAAACUGUUUCAUCGAAUAUAGAGCAAUAUGAUAAAGCUGUAUCUGCAUUAAAAAGCGAGACAGAAACUACAAACGGACUUGGCUCAGAUUUCGAUAACUCGCAAAGUUUCUUCGAUAACAAAGAUGAUCCUUUCAAAUCAUCAGAUCCUUUCGGAGGAUCGGAUAACACUUUUAAAAGUGACCCAUUUGCGGAUACUUCAGCUUUUAGCACGGUUGUAACUCAAUCAGGUAAUACACCCAGUAAUAUAUCUGAUGCAUUUGGCUCUACUUCCACUGUUGAUCAAAAUGAUCCUUUCGGAAGUUCAACAGGAAAACCCGAUACCAAUGAUCCGUUUUCUUCUAAAGAUGAUCCGUUUGCUUCUUCAUCUAAUGCUUUUCAAACACCGUCCUUCGAUAAUGAUCCGUUUGGUGGAUCUGAUCCAUUUUCCUCCUCAACCUCAGCAAGUAGUCCGAAAAAAUCUGAAAAUACGCCUGCGAAACAGAAAGACAUGUUUUCAGUCGAUUUUUCUGAUCCAAAUCCAUCAGUUAGCCUGUUUAAUGAUUCUGAAAACGCCAUAUCCAAUGCCUCAAAAGAUUCUUCAGAUGACCCAUGGGCCGCUUUUGGUGGCCCUUCUGUCGGGGAUAAUACAUCAAACGGCGCUGACCCUUUCGGUAAAGACUCUUUUGUACCAAAUCCAAGCGCGUCUUUUGACGCUUUUGGAAGUAGUUUCGUCCCUGAAAAGAAUACAAAUAACUCGUCGAAAAAUAUAACUGGAAUGUCAGAGAAAGCACAAAUGUCAUGGGCUGCCGAACAAAGUAAGAAAGAGGAAGAGAGGCGAGAAAAAAUGAGAAUACAGGAGCAAAAGGACUUGGAGUAUGCAAUCAAACUAAGUAAAGAAAUAUAAUCAAUCACUAGAACAAUAUAACCGUUGUUAUAUCCUCCAUGGUGCCCAUUCUCUUAUGCUAACUAUUUGAUUUUUUUCACCAUUCCUUUUUAAUAAUAAUUAUAUUAUACUAAUUUGAUUUUGCUGUUUUUGUGAAACAAUUUCACAAUUUAAGGUAAACUAAAUAAUUCUGUGGGUCAUUAUCAGGUAUUGAAUAGUUUGAUAUAGAAAAUGUUAAUAAUCUACAUUAAUCUGGAAUUUGAGUAAUUAAUUACAUAUCGUCAUUUUAAAGUCAACAUAAAUUAUUACUAUAUAUGGAUGUUGCAUGAUCGAGUGGUAUUAUGAAGCAGCAUGUAAGAACACCCUGAUAUAUGAAGUAGACAAUAUUUCUGGAUGGAUUAAUAUAUUGAUCCUCUUUAAUCAACUCGAAACUUCCAGCCAUUUUAGAAACGACUCCCUCCGACUCAGGUUGGUAAAAACUAGAUUCUGACACCAGGUUGAAGAAAUGUAUUCCUAAUCAAACUUCCAACUCCAAACUAAACUUUGACAAUUAACGCUUUUAUCAUGUAGCCCUUCAAAUGUCCAUUGAGAACUCUUAAUAAAUAUUUUUUGAGUUUUUUUUUUAAAUACUGACUUCGAUUAUCACCGCUGAAAGUCUGAAUUUCUGAUUCUGUAGAAUUAGAGAUUGCAGGGGAUUUGAAAUUAUGGCCUCGGCACUAGUAUCAAUAAAAGCAUGCCAAACUCAGACUUAUAAUUCUACAGUGCCAAUUGUUAUGAUUUAUCAGUGAAGUUGGAUAUAAAUAUUUUUAACCCUUUUUCAUUUUUUAAUGUUUCUUUAUAAAUUCCUAGUUUUCACCAUAAUAGUACCUCACUUGAGCGUUUGGGAUAUGGGCUCCCUAUUAAUUUGUUUUAAAAUAAUCAAAAUACUUCAAAUUAAAGAUGGAAAUUUAGAAUACCAAUUUUCCUGACAUAGGCAUCCUCACACCUUAUAAUAUUUGGAACAAAACUAAUAAUCUAUAAAAUAUUUCUAACUAUAAUGUGGAAAAUGAGAAUACUCUGUUGAAAAUUUUUUGAGUUGUGUUUCUGCUAGGAUUUUAAAUUUCAUCCAAUGUACAAUUGCUUCUUGUACUUGCCUGGUCAGAUUUGAAUUCGGUUGAAUAUUUCCAUACAUGUUUCUUUUUCCUUGCUGAUUUAUCAAAACAUUUUCCAGUUCAUUGAAUCCAUUAGUGCCUCAAACCUCGGAAGUUUUAGAUUUCUUUUUUGUCGUAUAAUUAUUGUAAUAUAUGUCCAGGCUGCAUCAUUAAGAUUGGUAUUAUUUACAAUUUCGUUCAACUUCACUAAUGUUAAAAUAGCAGGCCUCUAAGAUAGCUAAUAUGCUACCUAACUAUAUUUGUACAUUUUUGAUGUCCAAACUAAUAUAUCCUUUUAACAAUCCACUUUCUCAUAGUCCACUUUCUUACUUUAAGUGUAUAAACUUGAAUAAAUUAUCACAUUAUAAAGUGAUAUUGUAGUGUAAGUAUGGAAAAACACAAGUCUGCUGUGUAGAAAAGUGACAAAUCAUAAUCAAUUUAUUAGGUUUAGGAGCUUUUCACUGGCACUGAUAAUACUGUUCUUGUUCAUUUCAUGUUGCCUAGUUUUCAAAAUUAAUUUUUGCUUUUUCAAUUUCUUUAAAUUCUAGAUGUCAGUUAUAACUAAUUCUAGAAAUAUAUGAUAUUGUAAAAUAUGAUUUCAAAAUUUCAGUGAAAUCAUUACUGUGUUUAAGAAUUGGAGUAAUGGGUUUGUUAGUGCAGAAAAUUGCAAAAUUAAGUUUGUACAAAAGUGUUGCUUUUGCUGCAUAUUUGAACAAUUUGAAGUAUUCAAACUUCAUAUGUGAAUUUGAUAUCUGCGUUUAAAUUAGAUAUUAGAAAUAAUUGGUAAAUUUGGAGUUUGUUGGUGGUAAUUUUCAAACUGUAUUUCUAUUAGCCAAAGCCCAAAUAUGUUUUUUCUUAAGCAAGUGAUCUCUUUAUUAUGUAGUGGUGACAGGAUCUGUACCCAUAAUCACCUCUCCAAUAUUGUGGAACUUUUCAAACAGCAAACAAAACUUUUCUUCGGCAAACUUAAUAAUUGACAAUCAUUGCAUUACUAAAAGGCUGGAGCAGUUUUCUUUUAUGAUAUAUUUGGUAUAUAUGUGAAAAAUGAUCCGUAUUAGCCGCCUCUGCUGGGUGCUGAAGAGCUACAGUUUUAAAUAAAGGACCGUCGUCUUUCAGUUUAAACUAUAUAUUAUUGCCUGCGAUGCCAUCAUAGUAACCUAGAAUACACUAAUUAUCUUUUGUUCAAUAUGUUUCGAUUGUCCAUUUGAAUUUUUAGCACAAUUAUAUAUAUAAAUAUAUUACUUUGAUUAUUAAUGUACGUUUUUGACUGUUUCAAUGCCAAUAUGUGUGAAUUUGUUGUUUCUGUUUAUACUUGAAGCGAGUUCAUUGUGUAUUUUUGUCACCAUUUAUAUGUCUUAUACUCUUAUUAAGAUACUUUGUGUGUGUGAAUUCUAAUGAAUUUUUUGCAUGGAUAUUUGAAAUGUUAUAAUAUUUAUCCUUUUGCUCUUGGUAAUUUUUUUUAUCACUAAUGUGCACAUAUAUGCUUAGGAAGUAAGACUUUAUUAUUGUUAAAUAAAGUGUUGUUUCUUUCCAGAAAA